UAUGAAAUAAAAAAGACAAUUACAUAAGAGAUGAAAUAAUAACCCACCAAACAUCCGGGUACUAAAACCGGAGGCAACCGUCUUUGUGUAGAGUAAUGUCGUCACGUAGGAGGCGGGGCUUAGACACACACAGGUCUCCGCUGCGGACUGUUGUUGUUCUGAAGCUAAGCUAACGGAAGGUUUCCGGCAGCUCGGGUUAGCUGUGUGUUACUCGUUAUCUCGGAGUAUCCCGGAUUAGCUUUAUCCCGGGUCUUGCUGGGUGUCCUUCUUGUGGAGCAGGACGGGCUAGCUGUUAGCAUGUUGUUAACGUUAGCCUUGUUAGCUGUUAGCUCUAGAAACAGCUGUUAGCUGCUUUCUCUCUGUUGCAGCUAGCUCUCCUAUUACACUUUAUAUCCCGGGUUAAUUUAGUUCAGUGAUGGUGUAUCCCGGGUUAUUUUAACAGUUUAUAUCCCAGGUUACUUUAACAGUGAGGUGUUUUGUUACGGAUGGAAAUAUCUCAGUGAAUUGAUGGUUGCUGUUAGCCUGAGCUAACGGAGUCUUUGUUAGCAGACGGUUAGCUGUUAGCUCACACUUAGCUCACUGUUAGCGGGUAGAUUACAGCAUAUGCUAAAUUAACAGAUCGCUGUUUAUCUGAGAUGCAGCCAUUGGCUCGCUGACCUUCAUCCUCCUGCUCACCUGUCUCACCUGCUCAGGGUGAUGUCGGCCCUCAGUGCAGGCUGCAGGCUGCAGACUGUGCUCUACCUGCUCAGGGUGAUGUCGGCCCUCAGUGCAGGCUGCAGGCUGCAGACUGUGCUCUACCUGCUCUCUCUCUCAGGAUGCAUUGCAGCGUCUCAGAGGAACGGCAACAUGUACGUGUCGGGGAUUUCUAGCGCCUGUGGAGAGGGGGCGGAACUUCUGAGAGGCUCCAGCGGUGUCAUCAGCAGCCCUGGCUGGCCAAUCAGGUACCAGGAGAGACUGAACUGUAGCUGGAUCAUCAGAGGGAGACCAGGAGAGACUGUUACUGUCAGCUUCCAGGACUUUGAGCUGCAGUCCUCCCACCGCUGCUCGUCUGAUUGGCUGUCGGUGGGAAGCUUCAGGUCUCUGGAGGGUCUGAAGGUCUGUGGCUCCUCUCUGCCGCCCCCCUUCAUCUCAACCCAGGACCAGGUCUGGAUCCACUUCAUCUCCAACAGAGACUCUGACACUGGGAAGGGCUUCAGACUGAGCUACGUCACUGGUUCCCUCUCGGCACCAGGAUGUGAUGUGGACCAGUUCCACUGCUCUAAUGGGAAGUGCGUCCCUGACUGGUGGCGCUGUAACUCGAUGGAUGAAUGUGGAGACAACUCCGACGAGGAGCUGUGCCUCGACUCCCCCCUCUCCUUCACCCCCUGCGGCCUGCACCAGUUCCCCUGCCUGUCCAGGUACACCCGCAUCUACACCUGCCUGCCUCACAGCCUGCGCUGCGACGGGACCAUCGACUGCCAGGACCUGGGGGACGAGAUAGACUGUGAGGUUCCGUCCUGUGGAGAGAGACUCAGGAACUUCUACGGUUCCUUCAGCUCCCCCAACUACCCCGACUUCUACCCACCUGGCAGCAACUGCUCCUGGACCAUCGACACGGGGGACCCCCGCAAGGUGGUCCUGAGGUUCACAGACUUUAAGCUGGACGGGACCGGGUACGGAGAUUACGUGAAGGUGUACGACGGUCUGGAGGAGAACCCUCGCCGCCUGCUGCGCGUUCUGACCGCCUUCGACUCCCGGGCGCCGGUCGCCGUGGUUUCCUCCUCCGGACAGCUGCGCAUCCACUUCUACGCCGACAAGAUUAACGCCGCCAGAGGCUUCAACGCUACCUACCAGGUGGACGGGUUCUGCCUGCCCUGGGAGGUUCCCUGCGGGGGGAACUGGGGAUGCUACACUGAGCAGCAGCGCUGUGACGGUUACUGGCACUGUCCGAACGGACGGGACGAGCUGAACUGUUCUUCUUGUCAGGAGGAUGAAUUCCCCUGCUCCAGAAAUGGAGCGUGUUACCCUCGAUCGGACCGCUGCAACUACCAGAACCGCUGCCCCAAUGGAUCCGACGAGAAGAACUGCUUCUUCUGCCAGCCCGGGAACUUCCACUGCAAGGUAAUGCAGCUAAAUAACCGCUGUGUGUUUGAGUCGUGGGUGUGCGAUGCGCAGGACGACUGUGGCGACGGCAGCGAUGAGGAGAGCUGUCCAGUGAUCGUUCCCACCAGAGUGAUCACUGCUGCUGUCAUCGGGAGUCUGAUCUGCGGUCUGCUGCUCGUCAUCGCGCUCGGCUGCACCUGCAAACUCUACUCGCUGCGCAUGUUCGAACGCAGGUCCUUCGAGACGCAGCUGUCCAGGGUGGAGGCGGAGCUCCUGAGGAGAGAGGCCCCGCCCUCUUACGGUCAGCUGAUAGCCCAGGGUCUGAUCCCGCCGGUGGAGGACUUCCCAGUGUGCUCUGGGAACCAGGCGUCGGUUCUGGAGAACCUGCGGCUGGCGGUCCGCUCUCAGCUGGGCUUCACCUCCCUGAGGCUGCCCUCCUCCGGUCGCCAUAGCAACCUGUGGCGCCGCCUGUUCACCUUCCCGCCCCGGCGCUCCGGAUCUCUGGCGCUGGUUUCGGCUGACCUGGAGGACGGAGGCAGCUCCAACAGUUCUGACCUGCUGAGCCCCGACUCUGACCCCGAGAUGGAGGGCGAGCGAGGGGGGGCGAGGGAGGGUGAAGGAGGGGGAGGGAGGGAGCGCGGGGCGGCGGGUGGUCCCGUGGCCCCCCUCCCUCAGAAGACCCCGCCAUCAGCUGGUGUGGAGGCCGUGGUUUCCGUGACGACGUCUUUGCCCCCAGUCACCCUGACGCCAGUCUGUGCCCGGACCCGGGAGGCCCCGCCCCCUUCCAGCCCCGUCGCCGCGGUAACCUCCGGUCCUGAUCCCGAGUGUCACGGCGAUGCCCCGGAGGCCCCGCCCCCCUCCGCCCUGCAGCGAUUGGCCCAGAACCUGGGCCGCUUCGUCCGCCGUCUGAGGACCGGCCCGCAGGACUGGACCAAUCACAGCCCUCUGCACCAGCUGGAGACAGGAAGGGGCGGAGCCGAGGCCGGCGAGCAGCGAAACAGAGAAGAAGAAAGAAGACGGGAGCUGCUGAUCCCCGUCUCAGACUCUGACUCCGCCUCCUCCUCCUCAUUGGACGUAAGGCAGCCGCUCCUGGAGCCACACCCCUCCUACAGCACAAGCCACGCCCCCCACCAUCACCGUGGUAACGUCGGGCCUUGUGAACACUGUGGGAUUGUGCACACCGCCCUGAUCCCAGACGCCUCGGGGGGGAAGACGGAGAGCAGUGACGACGAGUUGCUGCUGCUCUGCUAACGGCUAACAGGCUAACUGAUGUCCUACCAACAGCUAACAUGCUAACUAAGAGCUAACGUGCUAACUGAUGUCCUACCAACAGCUGACAUGCUAACUAAGAGCUAACGUGCUAACUGAUGUUCUACCAACAGCUGACGUGCUGAAUGCUAACAUGGUACCUGGCUUCAUCACAUGCUAAUUUACAGCUAACAUGCUAACACUAUGACUGAACUGCAAACUAGCCAACAUGCUUACUGUUUGAGUGGACUAUGAACAGCCGGCAGGCUAACUUUAACCUGGACUAGAGCUACACCUGUUAGCAUGUUAGCUGGAUUGACGGUAGCUCUCAGAGAUGUCGGUACGAUGAUGAAACUCUCCUGGUCCGUCGCUUAAGAAACUCCCCGCUUUCUGCUCGUUGGUACGACUGUAAACUGUAUUCUGACAGGAAGCUGUUGGACUCCUGGCCUGUGCAACUCUUUAAAAGGUCCCCCUUUGUUCUGUUGAUCAGAACUGUGAGAAUGACGAGGGUCAUGUGACUAGUGCUGGUAGCUACAGUUAGCUGCUGACAGGCUAAUCUAAUGCUAGGCUAACCCACAGAGCAGGGUUAGGUAAUAAUGUUUAAACUGGUGUGAUACUGAUCCACACUGACCGUUACUUAAUCCCCCAGGUGACCCCAGGUGUCCACCAGGUGACCCCAGGUGACCCCCAGGUGACCCUCAGGUGACCCCAGGUGACACUCAGGUGACCCCAGGUGACCCCCAGGUGUCCCCCAGGUGUCCCCCAGGGGACCCCCAGGUGUCC